AUGGCUCUUCUCCCUCUGCAUUCUUCGGCAGCACUCAUCGUACCGAUUAUCUCCAGGGUUCGCAACGUCUACCUCAAGUGCGGCCACUCCCAGACUUUGCCUGAUCAACUCAACCAAUGCGAUAGCCCUCGGUGCAAGUUUAGCCCGUAUCAUCCGAGCUCCUGCCAGCCCCCGGCCUGCACCAAGACCUGUAUCCAAUACCGUGGGUACCCCGAACAAUACUCUCCUAACAUCGACGGCCUGUGCCCUGCCUGCCUUGGUGGUGCCAAGCGCCGCUAG